AUGGUAGUGGCACAAAAUGGAGCCCAUCACACCCAUGUGGGAAGUGGAGGUGUGGCAACAGAGGGGGUGCAUAUGUCUCUAUUUCAACAGAGAAGACCUGGCAAGAUUUGUGAUGGACUGUCUGUCCUUAAUAACCGCCCCGAGCGGCCCCUGUCGCAGCCGCCGCCAAGACCCGGAGAGGUGGAAUUCCCCUUUGCAACUCCGUGCCGCGCGAGGGCCGGUCUGGGCAUGCUCAGUAGCUGCGGCGCGGCUGGGCUGCUGCUCGCACCGCGCUGGCUGCGGCGCUGCCGGGCUCGGGGCUGGCGCGGAGUCCACCCCGCCGUCCCCGCCGCGGCUGCCGGGCGUCCGGGAGGCCAAGCGUUCGCCGGCCCUGAGCGCCUCGGCCCCCGCCUGGCGACUGUCCCCCGCACCCGCAACCUCCUACUCUUCUUCCUCUCCCCCUCUCGCAGGGAGGUGAAGCUGCUGCUUGCUUCUGUUAGGCGCCGCACAGACCGCUCUGCAAACCCCAGCCGAGGACCUGCGAAGGAAUCCCGGAGACCAGAAAACCCUCGGCGGUGGCUCUCUCUGACAGUACUUUGCCUGAAGUGGGGUCGUGGCAGAGUUUCUCCUCCGCCGCUCAACGCAAACACUAUGCGGAGAGCAAUCAGCUUCCCUGCGCUGUGCUUGCUUCUUAAUCUUCACGCUGCAGGGUGUUUUUCAGGAAAUAAUGAUCACUUUCUGGCAAUUAAUCAGAAGAAGAGUGGGAAGCCAAUAUUCGUUUAUCACCAUUCACAAGACAUUGAGAAGAGCCUGGAUAUAGCUCCGCAAAAGAUAUACAAACAUAGCUACCAUUCCUCUUCUGAAGCUCAAGUAAGCAAACGCCACCAAAUUGUUAAUUCAGCAUUUCCUAGACCUGCGUAUGACCCUUCUCUCAAUCUGCUGGCCAUGGCUGGUCAAGAUCUUGAAGUGGAAAAUCUUCCAAUCCCAGCAGCAAACAUAAUUGUGGUGGGUGAAUUUCCUGUGUACACCUAUAAGCUUCUUUCUGCCUCCACUAUUAUAGUCCAUCGGCUCCCACCCACCACUGACGAUGCCUUCCUAGAAGGAAGUGAACAUCUGGAAUCUCCCAAGAUCUGCUUUCAUAGUCUUCAGAGUUAGCUUUAACAGGAGCCCAAACCAACUGCGUUCACUUCAGCGGUCCCCUUGCUGCCCUUCCAAAGACUGUCCUCACUUCUACCUCUUUGCCUUUGUUUGUCCCAUGUGCCUUCACACACCUGAUCCUUACGUCCAAAUCUUCCUUCUUCUGUGUCCAUCUCAAAUCCAGUCUCCUUUUUGAAACUUUGUCCGAUUCCAGCAGCCCACACAAAUUCUCCCUUACACAUCCUUUU